UUGUUACUUCACUUAUUACCGCGGUAACACAACCUCGCCGUCCACAUUUUCCCACAAUUUAAUUUUUAUUGAUUAUAUGUUUAUUUAACUUUCGAUCACAAUGGGUGGUUAUCAUAAAUUAGAAGCCCAAAUUGUACAAGAACUCAAAGAUAUUGCCAAUAAACUUCGCGUACAUGCAAUAACAUCGACGCAAUCCUCAAAUUCUGGACAUCCAACAUCAUGCUCGUCGAUAGCCGAAAUACUGUCCGUGCUCUUUUUCAACACAAUGCGUUACAAAGUUUUAGAGCCAAGGGAUCCUUCAAGCGAUAGGUUUGUGUUAUCUAAAGGCCAUGCAGCCCCCAUCUUGUACGCUGCUUGGGCCGAAGCCGGCUUAUUCCCCGUGAGUGAUUUGCAAAAAUUGAGACGCUUGGAGUCCGAUUUGGAAGGACACCCGACUCCAAGACUCAACUUCAUCGAUGUGGGCACUGGAUCUCUCGGUCAAGGAUUGGCAAUUGCUGCGGGAAUGGCAUUUGUCGGAAAAAACUAUGAUAAGGCCAAUUACAGGGUAUACUGUCUCGUCGGCGAUGGUGAAAGUGCUGAAGGAUCAAUCUGGGAAUCGAUCCAUUUCGCCAGCUACUAUAAGCUCGACAACUUGUGCGCAAUUUUUGACAUCAACCGUCUAGGCCAGUCAGAACCAACCAGUUUACAACAUAAUGUGGAGGUUUACCAAAAACGUUUGGAAGCGUUCGGUUGGCAAUCGAUUGUGAUCGACGGUCACAAUAUCGAAGAAAUUGUCAAAGCGUUCCACGUCGCUUCAACCACUAGCGAUAAACCGACCGCCUUAAUCGCGAAAACGUUAAAGGGUAAAAACUUCCCCAAAAUUGAGGAUGUAGAAAAUUGGCACGGUAAACCGUUGGGAGAUCAGGCCAGCAUUGUCCUACAGCAUUUGGAGGGAAUGAUCAAAAAUAAAGGUCCACUCAAGAUACAACCCCGCAAGCCUCUCAAAGAUGACGUCUCUCCGGUGAACAUUUCAAACAUUAAAUUAUCAUCUCCUCCCAGUUAUAAACUAGGAGAAGCGAUUGCUACUCGUCAAGCUUAUGGAACUGCCCUUGCCAAAAUUGCGGAAAAUAACUCUAGAGUCAUUGCCUUAGAUGGGGAUAUGAAAAAUUCCACCUACUCGGAAAAGAUCAAGAAAAUCGAUUCUACUCGCUUCAUUGAAUGUUUUAUUGCCGAACAAAACUUGGUGGGAGUCGCCAUCGGGGCUGCGUGCAGAGACCGUACAGUUGCCUUCGUCUCAACUUUUGCAACUUUCUUGACAAGGGCAUUUGAUCAGAUUCGUAUGGGUGCCAUAUCUCAAACAAAUGUAAACUUUGUCGGUUCUCAUUGUGGUGUAAGUAUUGGAGAAGAUGGUCCAAGUCAAAUGGGCUUGGAAGAUCUUGCCAUGUUCCGUGCCAUUCCUGGUAGUACAGUUUUUUACCCAGCGGACGCUGUGGCUUGUGAACGUGCUGUAGAAAUGGCGGCAAACACAAAGGGAAUUUGCUUUAUCAGAACAAAUCGUCCGGCUACUAAAGUUGUUUAUGAAAAUGAUCAUACUUUUGCAAUUGGAAAAGCUAACAUUUUAAAGAAAUCUAGCAAAGAUUCCGUUUUAAUUAUCGGUGCAGGCGUAACCGUUCAAGAAGCUUUAAAGGCAGCAGAGGAGCUGGAGAUGUCUGGCGUUAAUGUGAGAGUUAUGGAUCCAUUCACUGUCAAACCAAUCGAUAAGGAUGCCAUAAUUAAGCACGCUAAAGAAGUCGGCGGACGAAUUGUAACAGUCGAAGAUCAUUACCCACAAGGCGGAUUAGGAGAGGCUGUGUUAUCUGCCGUUGCGGAAGAGAGAGAUAUUAUUGUGAAGAAAUUAGCCAUUCCAACAGUUCCCCGUUCUGGACCUCCAAGCGCUCUCUUGGACUACUACGGCAUUUCAGCUAAGCAUAUUGUUGCUGCCGCACAAGAAAUUACGAAAUUUUAAAUUGAUGUGGUGUCUCCUAUGGUGAUGUUAAUUGGGUCCAAAUCUGUUACAGGGAAUAAAGUUUUAUAAUUUUCAAA